AUAAGGAAGAUGGCGGCUGCAGCGGUGGUUGAGUUUCAGAGAGCUCAGUCUCUCAUUAGCACGGAUCGCAACGCCUCUAUCGACAUCCUACAUUCAAUAGUGAGAAGAGAUGUUCAAGAGAACGAUGAGGAAGCGGUUAGAGUUAAAGAACAAAGCAUCCUGGAGCUGGGCACACUGCUGGCAAAGACGGGACAAGCUGCAGAACUUGGUGGACUCCUGAAAUUUGUGAGGCCUUUCCUGAUGUCCAUCAGUAAGGCCAAGGCGGCUCGGCUCGUCCGCUCUCUGUUAGAUCUAUUCCUUGACAUGGAAGCAGCAACGGGGCAGGAGGUGGAGCUGUGUCUUGAAUGCAUUGAAUGGGCCAAGGCUGAGAAGAGGACCUUCCUACGACAAGCUCUGGAGGCACGACUGAUCUCGCUCUAUUUUGACACCAAAAGAUACCAGGAGGCCUUGGCUCUUGGCUCCCAGCUGCUCCAGGAGCUGAAAAAGAUGGAUGACAAAGCUCUUCUGGUGGAGGUGCAGCUGCUUGAAAGUAAGACAUACCACGCCCUCAGUAACCUGCCCAAGGCCCGCGCAGCCCUCACUUCAGCCAGAACCACCGCCAACGCCAUUUACUGUCCUCCAAAGCUCCAGGCAGCUCUGGACAUGCAGUCAGGGAUCAUCCAUGCAGCAGAGGAGAAAGACUGGAAGACGGCCUACUCCUACUUCUUUGAGGCCUUCGAGGGUUACGACUCAAUCGACAGCCCCAGAGCCAUCACAGCACUCAAAUACAUGCUCCUGUGCAAAAUUGUACUCAACUCGCCAGAGGAGGUACAAGCCCUGAUCAGCGGUAAACUGGCCCUCAGAUACACAGGCAGACAGACAGAAGCAUUGAAAUGUGUAGCCCAGGCCAGCAAGAACAGAUCAUUAGCAGAUUUUGAAAAGGCCCUCACAGAGUACAGAGCAGAGCUGCGGGACGACCCAAUCAUCAACACUCACCUGGCCAAGCUGUACGACAACUUGCUGGAACAAAACCUCAUCCGAGUCAUUGAACCAUUUUCCAGAGUGCAGAUAGAACACAUAUCAGGUCUAAUCAAACUAUCUAAGGGCGAUGUUGAGAGGAAAUUAUCACAAAUGAUUCUGGACAAAAAGUUUCACGGAAUCCUCGACCAAGGUGAAGGUGUUUUGAUCAUAUUUGAAGAACCCCCAGUGGACAAAACAUACGAAGCAGCUUUGGAAACAAUUCAGAACAUGAGCAAAGUCGUGGAUUCGCUUUACAACAAAGCCAAGAAGCUGACAUAGAGCAGAUCACUGCAGCAGUGAGAUGGAGAAACUGUGUGUUUGACCAGCGUGUGCAACAUUUUCAGAGGGGACAAGGGAGAGCAACAGGAAGUCCCACAAACUGCAACAAAACAGGAUCCCCCACCAUCAAACCCUCCCCCCUCUCUACCCCUCCUCCACGGACAAUUUCAUCACUUCUUUUUUUUUUUCUUUUCUUUUUAUUCUUUUUAAUUUUGAUAUCUCUUCAGGAUUCUGUAUAACACUCAGCGGCCAUAUCAGGCCAUCAGGGAAUAUUGUACAACCACAAUAAAAAAAGAUGGAAAGGUUUAAGAAUAUAUAUAUGUUUAUAUCUGCUGUAAGGUUCGGCCUGCCAAGCCUUAAAGCUGACUCCACUGCAACCUCAAAGGUGCAACUUUGACCUCUGUGGCCUCGGGCUCUGCGAGGCUUUCUCCUCCUCCAUAUCUUUCAGAAGCACACUGUUCAGUUUUUUGGAAGGUUGGGAUGCUCCUUGGAGUGCUGAUUUUUAGCCCAAGAGCUCCCUCUAGCUUUUUUUUUUUUUUUCCUCCAUUCUUCGCCAUAUCAAUGCCAACAGUUAGUCCCCUCUGUAUUUCAGAUAUGUAUUAAACACUUUCUUUGUUUUUGGUUUUUGUGUUUUUCUUUUGUUUUUCUUUUUUUCUUUUUCUUUUUUUUAAAAAAAAGGAAAUCAGAUGGUUGCCACGUCUGCCCCUCCUGCUAUUAUAAGUUUCUAGAACGGACAGGAUGCCAUUUCACCACUAGUGCCAUGUUUUCGGCGCUUCUGUUUGCCUCAGUGUUUGGGUGCAAUGAGAUCGCAGGGUAGAGGUGGAGAUCAUCGCCUCUGAGCGUCUGUGAGUUAACCCGGGUGAACAAUUCUCCAUUGUUAGUUCCUAGCACUAGUGUGGUAUGCUAGCAACCAAACAAUUUGUAUGGUUUUGAUUUGGUUUUUGAUUUUUUUUCCUUUUCUCGUUUUGUUUUUCUCUUAUAAAGACAUUUUCGAAAAUAAAUAUUUUGUAUUUUAAGGAUUUUGUCUUGUCUCUUGCAAAAAAGAAGAAAAAAAUGUUGAUAAUUUGGGCAGAUGGAGCUAGUUUGUUAACCACUAAGCUGCAUGAGGUGGUUAGUAGGCUGGUGUUUCAUGUUGCAAAAUUCUCUGACAUGCAUUUAAUGAUGGUAGAGUAUCCCAGAUGAUGUAUACGAUAGCAAAUGUCUUUUUUUUUUUUUUUUUUAAAGAAGAGGUGUUUACAUUAAAAAAAAAAUUAAAAUUACUCCCAAAAUGGAGAUGUUAACACCCUAAGAACGAGACUACACUUUUGUGUGCUGCUCUGUUAGUAACAACUUAACAUCAAAGGGCAUUAAAUCCAUUUUUUCUAAUGGCUUUGAUUUUCAUUUUGCUUUUUUUUUUUUAACUAAAAGUAAUUUGUUUUAUCACAUUGAAUUAACCUUUUCUAUGAUUCUAAGCAAGAUUUAUUUCUUUUCCUCAAAAAACAAGAAGCACAAGUCGUUACUGUAGCUGUCAUGAUAAUUAAGAGUUCCAGAUCAAACACUACAUCAUUAUGAGAAACUUUGGAUCCCCUCGCAGCAUUUCUACAGAUUUUUCUUUUUUUUUUU